AUGAAUUUCAUCACACGAAUAGUGGGACCGCAAUUUCGACAAUUGGUGUUUAAUCAAACACCUGUAAGUUGGCAGCGAGUGGCCGUGCUUUCCAACAAGAAUGUGUUACUUUACUCCACGAAAACAUCUAAACCGCAAGAACCCGGCAUCACCAGUGCUGCAGCAACCAGCAGGAAGGCGAAAACAUCACCAAAAAUUACUCUGAUUUCUUCCGAUGAAUCGAUAUCGAUAGUGAAUCUGGAUGAGGCAGUAAAAAUAUCCACCCGGCGUAAUUUAAAGCUUGUGAAGAUCGUCGAUCUCGACACUAAAACGCAGCGUCCGGUGUACAGAUUAAUGACCGGCGCGGAAUAUCUAAACGAAGACCUAAAGCGACGUGAGGAAAAGAAAAAAACCAAACAGGAUGCAUCCGUUAAGGGCGACAAGCUGUUGACGAUUAGUGCUCGCAUAGCCGAACACGAUCUCGCAUCAAAGAUACAGAAUGUGCUAAAAUGGUUAAGCAAAUCGUACGAAGUGCGUGUCGUUGUAACGGGUGACGGAGCAGGCAAUAAGGCAAAGCAAGAGGACAUUGUACAGCGCUUCGAGACGAGUGUAAAAAACACCGGCAAGAUUGUGCAGAAACGCCUGCGGGAUAAUGAUUUACGGUUUAAUAUUACACCAACCACGAGUAGUGGCGCCGCGGUGGGUAAGAAAGGAUUGCUGGAUGUAAAGGAUACAUCAAACGGGUUAGAUCAACCGCAGGCUGUUCGUGGACUGCACACCCGGACCAGCUCGAUGGCGUGA